AUGGACAUGUUAUGGAUAAACUCAUGGGCUGUAUGGCCCAGUGGGUCUGAUGACUAUAAUUAAUUUUUAACUGUAAAAUGAAAAAUCCGAUCGCAUCGGUCAUAUAAUCGGGGACGGAAAUGUCAAAAACGUUUCCAACAAAGAGUUGGGAGAAGACAAAGGAGGAGUAAAAGAUACGACACAAGAACAUGUGCGCUAAAUCCGAGAUCCUCAUCCCAUCAAGUCUUAUAGUAGUACUAAAAUGUUUCGAACAAAGAGUUGGGAAGAAGACAAAAGAAGGAGUAAAAGACACGACACGAGAAUCAUGAGCGUUAAACCCGAGAUCCCAUCGCGUCUUAUAAUAAUAUUAAAACGUUUCGAACAAAGAGUUGGGAAGUUGACAAAGGAGGAGUAAAAGACACGACACGAGAAUCAUGUGCGUUAAAUCCAAUAUCCCAUCGAGUCUUCUAAUAAUAAUAAGUACGAACUAUUCUUCUUCGUCUUCAGUCUUCACCUACAUUUCUCUCUAAAUCUGUCUCUAUAUACUACUAAUUUGCUCCGAGUCCUUUUUGUAACUCUUGACGCUGCCUGAGAGAGAAAGUGAAAUGACUUGGUCCGUCAUGAGAUCCAUAAACGCUCCAACACUCGACCUCUCCGCCUCACUUCUUCGCUCUUCCACUCGUACCCCAUUGGUCGCCGCUGGUGCAACGUCCACUGGUGUUUCCAUUUUCCGAAUGUCUUCGAGCUCUCUUCGUUUCGCUUCACUCUCUGUCUCAGCUUCUGCUUCUGAUGAUAACCACUUACCUAUCAUUUGUAAGAAGGAAGUUGUGUCUACAGAUAAAGCACCACCUGCUGUAGGACCAUACUCUCAGGCCAUCAAAGCCAACGGUUUCGUUUUCGUUUCAGGUGUUCUUGGACUUGUGCCUGAGACUGGAGAGUUUAUUUCGGACGACGUUGAAGAUCAGACUUACCAGGUACUCAAGAACAUGGGGCAGAUAUUGAAAGCUGGUGGUGCUAAGUACUGCUCCGUGGUGAAGACAACCAUCAUGCUUGCUGACUUGGCUGACUUCAAAAAAGUGAACGAAAUAUAUGGCAAAUACUUCCCAGAUGCUCCUCCAGCAAGAUCCACAUAUCAAGUGGCGGCUUUGCCACUAAACGCCAAGAUCGAGAUCGAUUGUAUUGCAGUACUCUAGAACAGCAUCAAUCUCUGUCAGAACAAAUAAGAUGAAAGCAUGGUUUAGGGGCUUAUCUUAUCAAUUCAUCUUAACGUACUUUUCAACCAUUAGGUUGUUGCAAAACCUAAAGCCCCUUGGCUUAAUCAAGAAUAAGUGAUUUCCUGUUGACUUGAUAUGUAUUGAGUACAAUAUUUGAUAAGAAACCGUUUAAGAUUUAAGGUUCUUAUAUGGUUUUUUUAA